ACGCACUGUCUGGACCUUCUUACUUUGGAGACACACUAUCUGGUCCUUCUUACUUUGGAGACACACUAUCUGGUCCUUCUUACUUUGGAGACACACUGUCUGGUCCUUCCUACUUUGGAGACACACUAUCUGGUCCUUCUUACUUUGGAGACACACUAUCUGGUCCUCACAUCGAAGACACACUAUCUGAUCCUUCUUAUUUUGGAGACACACUGUCUGGUCCUUCUUACUUUGGAGACACUAUCUGAUCCUUCUUACUUUGGAGACACACUAUCUGGUCCUCACAUCGGAGACACACUAUCUGAUCCUUCUUACUUUGGAGACACACUAUCUGGUCCUUCUUACUUCGGAGACACACUAUCUGAUCCUUCUUACUUUGGAGACACACUAUCUGGUCCUUCUUACUUUGGAGACACACUAUCUGAUCCUUCUUACUUUGGAGACACACUAUCUGGUCCUCACAUCAAAGACACACUAUCUGAUCCUUCUUAUUUUGGAGACGCACUGUCUGGUCCUUCUUACUUUGGAGACACACUAUCUGGUCCUCACAUCGAAGACACACUAUCUGAUCCUUCUUAUUUUGGAGACACACUGUCUGGUCCUCACAUCGAAGACACACUAUCUGAUCCUUCUUACUUUGGAGACACACUAUCUGGUCCUUCUUACUUUGGAGACACACUAUCUGGUCCUCACAUCGAAGACACACUAUCUGAUCCUUCUUAUUUUGGAGACACACUGUCUGGUCAUUCUUACUUUGGAGACACACUGUCUGGUCCUCCUCACAUCGGAGACACACUAUCUGAUCAUUCUUACUUUGAAGACACACUAUCUGGUCCUUCUUAUUUUGGAAACACACUAUCUGGUCCCUAUCUUUCAUUAUCUUACUCAAUACUUGACCCCAACCAACACUUUUUCAAUGUCUGUAUGUCAAGAUAA